AUGAAAAUUACUUUUUUUAAUGACAGUGUUGAGUUAAAUGAGUUUACUGAAGUUAUAAAGAAUAUUAUUCUUGAUUCUGAUUCUGUUUCUGAAACUGCUAUUCAUAAUUUGUUUGAUUUUUUUGAUAAAGAUAAAGAUGGUGUUUUAAGUUUUGAGGAAUCUGAAACAUUCAAUAAAACAAUUUUUAGUCGUAUUAAUAACCUUAAGUCUGCUCUUAUAAUUGUUGAUUUUCAAAAUGAUUUUGUUUGUGGUAGUUUAGCAAUAAAAAAUGGUAAAGCUAAUCAGGAUCCGAUGGAUGCACUACCAACAAUCAAUAAAAUGAUAACAACUUUUCCAUUUAAACAAAUUGUUUAUACUCAAGAUUGGCACCCAAGCAAUCAUAUAUCAUUUUAUGAACAUUGUCGAAAUAGUGACAGAGAAUUACGCAAAGAAGAUAAAGUUAGAAAAUUAAAACCAUUUGAUACGGUAAAAUUUAAUAAACCAUCUAAAAUUUGUCAAGUUUUAUAUCCUUCACAUUGUGUUCAAAAUUCAUGGGGUGCUGAAAUAAGUCCACAUAUUAAAAUUUCUAAAAAAGGAAAAAUUAUCAAAAAAGGAACUAACGUAUAUAUUGAUUCAUAUUCAGCAUUUGGUACUUGUUCUGAAAAUGGUAAAAGUGAAUUAGAAGAUUAUUUACGCAGUGAAGAUAUUGAUGUUAUUUUUGUUUGUGGAUUAGCAUAUGAAAUUUGUGUAGCAGCAACAGCAAAAGAUUCGCUUAAAUUGGGAUUUUUAACUGGACUUGUUAGUGAUUGUAGUAAAGGAUUAACAAAUGAUGGUAUAAAUAAUGUUAAUGAACAACUAUUAUCACUUAAUGCUGUAAUUGUUAAUUCAGAUUUUGUUGAAAAAUUUGUUAAUAAAACAUUUACAAAAUUUCCUUGGCAAUGGAUUUUAACACUUGUCAAUCAAAACCAUUCCAUGGAAGGAUGGAAUGAAGAAAUAAUAAAUUUAAAAUAA